UACAGUAUUACAUCAUCUGCUCCUUACGAGGAUACAGCUAACCCAGAUCAUGUGUAACAGAGCGAUAGAAGUUCAUCUGAGAGGCAGCCCGGACUGCACGUGGCUCAAGCUGCUUCCUGGAAAGCACAUUCUCACUCCUGGAACAGAGGCGAGGACCACCUACUCCAAAAGCUUCCACCAAUCAUCCGCACUCCUGUAUAAAGCUGAGAGUGGAGUGUAAUAUUUUUUUCUUGUGACGAUCAGUGAGAAUUGGGUCGCAGGAACCAUGGACAGCACACCGAGAUCACCUUUUUCCUCAUGGAAGGAAUGUUUUGUGGUGAAGCGGAUUCGCAUGUUGGUUCCCGUGGGCUUCAAGGAAGAAAUAAAAGACUUGUCAGAACUGUCAGGACCUGUGUUCAUGGCACAGCUCAUGAGCUUUGCUGUGAGUUUUGUCAGCACUGUUUUCUGUGGUCAUCUGGGGAAGACGGAGCUGGCUGGAGUAGCUUUGGCCACGGCAGUCAUUAAUGUUACGGGGGUUUCUAUUGGAUCUGGUUUGGCCUCAGCGUGCGAUACUCUGAUAUCUCAGACCUACGGGAGCGGGAACCUCCUGAGAAUAGGGGUCAUCCUGCAGAGGGCCAUUCUCAUUCUGUUACUGGCUUGUUUCCCCUGCUGGGCGGUCCUGAUCAACUCAGAGCCCAUUCUGUUGGCUUUUAAGCAGGAGCCAGAAGUAGCCCGGUUGGUUCAGAUAUAUGUAAAAAUCUUCAUGGCAGCACUUCCUGCUACCUUCAUGUAUUCAUUAGAAUCCAGAUAUCUACAAAGUCAGGGAAUUAUUUGGCCGCAGGUGAUCACAGGCUUUGCAGUAAAUCUUCUUAACGCCCUCAUUAACUACAUUGUUCUAUAUGUACUUAAGCUGGGAGUCGAAGGUUCUGCUAUUGCCAACACCUUCUCCCAGUUUUCCAUGGCUGGCCUUCUCUACUGGUACAUCAUGUGGAAAGGUCUCCACAAGGCCACAUGGGGCGGCUGGUCUAUAGAAUGCCUUCAGGACUGGGGCUCUUUUAUCCGUUUGGCCAUCCCUGGCAUGGUCAUGAUGUGUGUUGAGUGGUGGACGUUUGAAAUAGGAAGUUUUCUAGCAGGUCUGAUAAGUGAAGUGGAACUCGGAGCUCAGUCUGUUGUCUAUGAACUGGCAAACAUUGCAUACAUGUUUCCAGUGGGUUUUAGUAUAGCGGGCAGUGUGAGAGUUGGGAAUGCUUUGGGAGCCGGAGAAACAGAGCAGGCCAAGCUGUCUGCAAAAACCACAAUGUUUUGUGCAGGUUUAGUGUCCGUUUGCUUGGCAGUGCUCAUCGGGAGCCUGAAGGAUCACAUCUCUUAUGUCUUUACAUACGAUGAACAAAUUAGAGAAAGAGUUGCUGAGGUUAUGUCUCUUUAUGCUCCGUUCAUCCUCCUGGAUGCAAUGUCUGCUGCCACUGGUGGCAUCAUUAGAGGGGCGGGUCAACAGAGAGUCGGGGCUAUUUGCAACAUCGUGGGAUAUUACGGCAUCGGUUUUCCCAUCGGAGUACCGCUGAUGUUUGCAGCUAAAUUAGGAAUCAAAGGCUUGUGGAUCGGCUUGCUUACUUGUGGUUCAUUGCAAUGCACAUUCUUGAUUUUCUAUUUGGUCAGAAUGAACUGGAAGACAGUUACAACUGAGGCUCAGAUCAGAGCAGGGGUGCACGAGAGCUCCAGCAACACAAGUACCCAAACAGAAGAUGCAGAGGACUCCUUCAGCCAAACCGAUGUCAUUACCCUGACUGACACUGAGGAGACACCGGCUGUUAGAACACCUAAAGCUGAGCUCUCCCAUCGGUCUCUGGUUCUCAGAAGAGGUCUGGCUCUGGCUGUCAUGCUGUUCAUAUUGGCCACUGGAAUUGUUAUAAAUGUUCUGAUUACUUACUUGGUCACAUGACAGCAAAGUCCAUUAAAGUCAGAGAGUUGGUUCUUUUGCUACCAGUACUGAACAUAAAAUGGAUGUUCACACUGCAGGAUAAGCAAGACCCAAAUAAGGGGCACAUUGAAAAGAGCAGGAGCAGAAAUUUAUUUGGAUUUUUUAAAAUUUAAUUCUUCCAGUGUGCAGUUGCACGGCUACAAAAUGUCAACAUUAGCUUCAACUCACUCUGACUCUUUACUCGGGACCAACUGAGUGGAGAAAAUUGAAUCAGGACUAUAUGUCACAUUGAUCCAGUCGCGGGUAUAGUUGCUCUCUGCAGACUGAAUCUCUGGUAGAGGGACGAGGAAGAGCACGGCUGCUCCAACGGCGAGGAGAGCAACGGCUGCAAACACCGUGAGUCCGCGCCUGAUGAUCAGCUGUGUGAUGGAGAGACGGUUGUCCUUAAGCUGCCGGACCACAUGUCCCCCUUCCCUCUCAGGGUUCCCAUCAUGGGCUUCUGUACUGACAGACACGUAGCCGUCCACUGGCUGUGAAAGCAGCACAUAACUGUUUAGAUCAAAGAGCAGAAUGUUGGUUUAUCGACUAAAGAAUAAACCUUUUCCUGUCUA